AUGGUGAGUUUGAGAAAAUGUUCUUGGUCUAAAGAUUUUCUGAGAUAGGCGGUCCUGGGCUUCCAUGUGGUGGUUUGUCUCGUCGCGCUGACGCUCUUCUCCAAACUGGCGAGUCGCGUCUCGUUCGUCUCGUUUUUCAUAACCAAUGGGUUAGUUUUGGCAUAAUUGUCGAUUUUAAAUAGGUUCAGAUUGUACCGAUUCAUAGCCCCAUCAAACAACGAACUGCGCGCUUUGCUCCCUUCUUCAAAGGAGAAAAAUCCGAGAGCAAGAAGAAAAAAACGGUAAAAAUGCAAAGUUUUCGUUAUUUCAUCGACGCGUUUAGUGAGGAAGAGGAAUCACAGGGAUUCAACGUCCCGAAAUCCUCCGAAUUUCAACUGAAAAUCGUGGCUGUCAAGCCAGAAGACCUGCAGAACUUUGAAAUGUACUCGGCGCUACAUUGGCUGUGCCUAUGCGUCCCGAUUUGCUUCGCUGUUAGUGACUUUUUCAGAGUCCUACUAAUUCUUCCUAGGUCUAUGCCAUCUGCGAGGUCUACACGUUCGUCUUCCCCGACAACAAGGACCUCAACGUCUCUGUCAUCCUCAUCAUGGUCGCUGCCGGCUUUGUUCUACAGGUUCAAGCUGGAUUCAUUUGGAAAUAGUGUUCUGAAACGCGAGAAUUUGUUUGAUCAGCAUGGGCGCAUCGAUAAUGGGUAUCGUGAUACCCUUUGGGGUAUAUCGCAGGGUUUGAAAUCUCACGAUGGUAGCUCGAGGGUACCUCUGUGGAGUCUGAGAGAUAGACUUGAGGUGUAGUCUGUUCAGAUUUUGAAUUUCAAACUCCGCCCCUUAUGCGUAUAUCCAACCAAUCAGAGAGCGAGCCAUUCACAGAGCGUUGUUGGGCGCGGAGUUUGCUGCUUGAAAUGGAAAAUAUGAACAGACUAUAUACUCUCAAGGACCUCCGAGGUGGCUCAUAUAGCGCUGAAAGGUAUACCGGAGGCCUCUUGAUGGAUAUAUCAUGGGAUACCAUUUUGAGAGGUAUAUUUAUGGACACAGUAUGGUACCCUUCCGAUUCGCCUGUGUGUGCGAAUCGAACUUUUUUCUCGAGUUAUUCAAACUAUGCAAACAAGUCUACGGAGUACAGAUGUAUUUGAAGUUUUCAGGUUAUGAUGACCUUAACUGCGUGGUUGGUGACGAACGACGAUGAAAGAGGCUUCAUGAUGAUGAUCGCGGCGCUGUAUUUCCUCAUCUCCUGCAUUUUUUCCAUGUUCGCUGAUCGUCUUUUCGACGUUCAGAUGCUCACGGGUUCUUUUUCUUCAUGGUUUUUCUCGAAGUAUCUUUUUUGAAGCCUACGAAAAGCUGAGCUCGAACAUUGUGACAUUUGUCGACUCUUCGGGGAUCAUGACUAACACGACGAUUACCGACGUCCGUCCCGACAAUCCCCUUUUUCUGUUAGUUAUUUUUUGCUCUUCCAUUAUAGUCCGCCGCGACUUGACAGUUUUCGCAUGUCUGCGUCUCUCUGUUCCCUCUUCGGCGAGGUCAGAGAAACAUGGAAAUAGCACGUAAACAUGAGAGGGACGUCGAGAGAUAAGGAGGGCGCAGAGAAGACUUAUCGAGGCGCGGAAGACGGACUAUAUUCAAUAUUUUCAGGUACAUUUCUCUGUCCAUCUUCUUCUCGGUACUCUCUGCGAUGCUCGUCUUCCCCAAUUUCCGUUGCGCUCUCCUUUACCUUAGAGCCAUCGAAACGGACGGCGUUUUGAAAAGGUUCGCAGUUUAAUCAAAAAUCUGAUCUUGCUAACUAAUCUUCAAUAUGAAACUUUCUACAUAGGCAUAGUCGGAAAAGGUGAAAAAAGACUCCAUUUUUGCUGCCAUUUUGCGCUAUUUCAUCGGCUUUUUCGCACCAUUUUGGCUACCUUUCCCCUUCUCCACCAUUUCUAGAGCCUCUAAAAUCACAGAAAAAAUGGAAGAUAAAGGGACCCUUUUUGCUGCCUUUCUGCGGCCUUUUUUGAGCCUCUCCCUUUAGCGGCCGAGUCGGAAUUGUGGAUAUGAAAAACGAAAAACUUUGUCAUUGAAAAUUUCAUUCAUCUCGGGCAAAGUAGGAAUGGUGGAUAAUGGCCGCUAAAAGGCAGAAGCUCAAAAAAAAAAAAGGCCACAGAAAGGCUGCAAAAAGGGUCUUUUUAUCGAGCCUUCCGUCUUUUCUAAGAUUUCAAAGGCUCAAGAAAUGGUGGAAAAAGGGAGAGGCAGCAAAAAUGGUGCAAAACAGCCGAUAAAAUGGCGCAAAAAAGGAACCUUUUUUUUACCCUAAAAGGAAAAUUUCUCCCGAAACUGCCUAUGAUAUUUGAUUCUUCAUAUCCUUUUCCUACCAAGCGGAUUGUCUUGCAGAAUUCUCGAUCACAUAGCUUUUGUCCUUCCCGCCUUGAUCCUUGUGACUUUCUCGCUCCCUGUCAAGUAUCGUCUGGUGGACAGCCCAAGGAAGCUGUCAGUUUUUCAAAUCAGUUUCUAAAUUGACCCAUCCUUUAGAAUGACUAGCGAUCAGCUAGACAUUCUUCGAGUUUAUCUCGUCAUUCUUUGGAUGAUACUCCGCUUUGCUGUCCGUGUUUCGCACCUUCAGGUAUCUUAUUUUGAUCAUUUCGAGACAUGAAAUUGAAACAUUGAAGGCUCAUCUGAAUCUCUCCUACGAGAAGGUGGCGCAGUUGCAAAAACAGUCGGGUAGCGUCAAGAACUUCGCUGUGCAGUCAAUGGUAAGUAAUAUGAAGUUUUCAUGUUCUCCUUUUUCAGCCUUUUCGCUUUUUCAAACAAUAUAUUAAGCAAAUUUUCAUUUCCAAGACAUAAUACUACAUAUUGAUGAUGACUUUCCGGAAAUAUAUGGUACAAAGAAAAGAAAAAGUCAUGGCUAACUUCUUUGAGAGUCAUUUUACACCUUAUUUUUUAGGUUCUGCGCUAUUACUCGUACAUUUGCUGUGCUUCCAUUCAGUACUUCGGCCCAUCUAUCUUGGCUGCUCUCUUCGCGGUACUUCUAAAAACUGCAGGUAUCUCCUUUUUCCGAAAACUAGAAAUAGUGAUCAUAUGGUAGUUAAAUUCAUGUUGGCCUGGGAGUUGUCCGUUACAGGCUUCAUAAAAAAGUUUCUUCCGUUAUUGAGCUUUUCAAAACCAGAGUUUUAAACUUUUUGAAGGAUAAACCUAUUGACCGCGGCUUUAGUCAUCGAAAAAAAAGAGUCUUGCUCAGAAACUCCAGAUUCAUCCUUAUAGGGUCAGCCUUGGGGCCUUUGGAGGGUCUCCUUUCGGGACUACUUUAACAACCUCUAUAGGGGUCACUGAAGCUUGAAAAAGUGGUCCUUAUAGGGGUUUUAGGGGACUACUUAAGCUUUAGGGGUCAGAACCUGAGCAUCUAUAGGGAACACCUUAAUUUUUUUCCCCGAUAGGGACCACUUUUUCGGCCCUAUAGGGACCCUCUAAAAUUGAUAAGUGACAUGAUAAGAAAAAAAUAUUUUUCUUUUUGAUGAAGAGCGCAGACAAAGCCAAGCCUGUCAUGUAUUGCAGUAGUUUUGGAGAAAUGUGAACUUUCUAGACUUUUUUUCUAUGAACUCAUUCACAUGAUCCCUCUGCAAAGCAUUUUUGAAUAUAAUAGCUAUUAAUUUAUUCUCCUAGUUAAAAAGAUGAGUGAGCUUUCUCCCGUCGAAGAUCCGCCAGCUCCUUUUUAACAUGAGCUUCUAGGAGGACUGUCGUGGCUGGGCACCGCUGGAAUUCCCGAAGACCAAUCCCUGGAAGGUCUCGGUCCCUUGAGGUUCGUCUUCGACCAUUUCGUCUGCCGGCAGUUCUUCUCCUUCCUCGUCCUCGUCACCCUCGUCAUCAACUUUUCGCUCUCUGUCAUGGGAGUCGUGUAUCACAACUACCUCGCUUCUAACUAG